AGAGAGAGAGAGCCCCGAGGCUUCAUGGGCAGACCUACAAGGCUGCGCAAACAAAUCGAAGGAUGAGAUUCUGCUGUUUCUUUGUCUAGAGUUCUCAGAUGCUAUCUGCGGCUGCAAUUCGGUGGGGAAAGAGCGCAGGGCGCAAAGCUGUUACCCAACCGAACGGUGGGAGCUGAUGGCUCCGAGUUUGGGGCGAGGUAGAAACUCUCCAGUGCCACUUCCGACUGUAAGCCUUCCUGUUGCCGUCCACUGUGGCGGGGUUCUUCCUGGGGCCAGCGAUUUCGCUCAGUCGCUCGGCAGCCCGAGCCUGCAGCAGCGCCCGGGCGCCUUCCCCCGCAGCCGGGCUCUCCCCGGCACCCGCGCUCCGCUUCCACGAGCGCCGCGGCUCCGCUGAGAGCGCCGCGGAGCCCUCGCGCGUCCCUCCYCGGAGCCCAACUAUGUCAGGAAUGGAGGCUUGCUAAACCAGAAAACGCGGAGGAGUACAUUAAACGGGUGGAUGCGGCAGAUGUGAGCGCUGUGCAAACAUCUCAAACCAGUUCAGAUGUUGCUGUUUCCUCAAGUUGCAGGUCUAUGGAAAUGCAGGAUCUAACCAGCCCGCAUAGCCGUCUGAGUGGUAGUAGUGAAUCCCCCAGUGGCCCCAAACUCGAUAACUCUCAUAUAAAUAGUAAUUCCAUGACUCCCAAUGGCACCGAAGUUAAAACAGAGCCAAUGAGCAGCAGCGAAAUAGCUUCAACAACAGCAGACGGGUCUUUAGACAAUUUCUCAGGUUCAGCAAUCGGGAGCAGCAGCUUCAGCCCAAGACCAACGCACCAGUUCUCUCCACCACAGAUCUAUCCUUCCAACAGACCAUACCCACAUAUUCUCCCUACCCCUUCCUCACAAACUAUGGCUGCAUAUGGGCAAACACAGUUUACCACAGGAAUGCAGCAAGCUACAGCCUACRCCACGUACCCACAGCCAGGACAGCCCUACGGGAUUUCCUCCUAUGGUGCAUUGUGGGCAGGCAUCAAGACUGAAGGAGGAUUGUCACAGUCUCAGUCACCUGGACAGACGGGAUUCCUCAGCUAUGGCACAGGCUUUGGUACCCCGCAACCUGGACAGGCCCCGUACAGCUACCAGAUGCAAGGUAGCAGUUUUACAACAUCAUCAGGAUUAUAUACAGGAAAUAAUUCCCUCACAAAUUCCUCUGGAUUUAACAGUUCACAGCAGGACUAUCCAUCUUACCCCAGUUUUGGCCAGGGUCAGUAUGCACAGUAUUACAACAGCUCACCAUAUCCAGCCCAUUACAUGACAAGCAGCAACACCAGCCCGACGACACCAUCCACCAAUGCCACUUACCAGCUUCAGGAACCUCCAUCUGGCAUCACAAGUCAAGCUGUCACUGAUCCCACAGCAGAGUACAGUACAAUACACAGCCCUUCAACACCCAUUAAAGAUUCAGAUUCUGAUCGAUUGCGUCGAGGUUCAGAUGGGAAAUCGCGUGGACGGGGAAGAAGAAACAAUAAUCCUUCACCUCCUCCAGAUUCUGAUCUUGAGAGAGUGUUCAUCUGGGACUUGGAUGAGACAAUCAUUGUUUUCCAUUCCUUGCUUACGGGGUCCUACGCCAACAGAUAUGGRAGGGAUCCACCCACUUCAGUUUCCCUGGGACUACGAAUGGAGGAAAUGAUUUUCAACUUGGCWGACACACACCUGUUUUUCAAUGACUUAGAAGAAUGUGACCAAGUCCAUAUAGAUGAUGUUUCUUCAGAUGAUAAUGGACAGGAUCUAAGCACAUAUAACUUUGGAACAGAUGGCUUUCCUGCUGCAGCCACCAGUGCUAAUUUAUGCCUGGCAACUGGUGUCCGGGGCGGUGUGGACUGGAUGAGAAAGUUGGCCUUCCGCUACAGACGAGUAAAAGAGAUCUACAACACCUACAAAAACAAUGUGGGAGGUCUGCUUGGUCCAGCUAAGAGGGAAGCCUGGUUGCAGUUGAGGGCUGAGAUCGAAGCUCUGACAGAUUCCUGGUUGACUCUGGCCCUGAAAGCACUCUCCCUCAUUCACUCCCGGACUAACUGUGUGAAUAUUUUAGUAACAACUACUCAGCUCAUCCCUGCGUUGGCGAAAGUCCUGCUAUAUGGAUUAGGAAUUGUAUUUCCAAUAGAAAAUAUUUACAGUGCAACUAAAAUAGGAAAGGAAAGCUGUUUUGAGAGGAUAAUUCAAAGGUUUGGAAGAAAAGUGGUGUAUGUUGUUAUAGGAGAUGGUGUGGAAGAAGAACAAGGAGCAAAAAAGCAUGCCAUGCCUUUCUGGAGGGUCUCUAGUCACUCAGACCUCAUGGCCCUACAUCAUGCCUUGGAACUGGAGUACCUGUAAUGACAGCAUGGCACUUUGAAACCACACAACCUCCCUGUGACCAGGGACAAAUCCAACAGGCCCGAGUUUCAUGUCAGCGCUGGACUCCAGAACUUAGUGAUUUCAACAUACCAUGUGCAGCUGCUGUCAAUUUUGACCUCUGCCCUCGUGGUUAAGGGAGGACCACGUCUAUUUCUUCAGAACAGCUGUUGACUCUAGUACUGUGAAUCCAAUGAAAAGAAGCCAUGAGAAUGUUCUAGCACAGCGUAAUGUGUCUUUGCCACAUUAACUACACGGUUCAAACCUGUGAAGAAAGGACCUGCAAACACUUCAGUUUUUAGCAUUUUCAAUGUGACAUAAACAGCUUCUCUAAUACAGCAAACUUGAUUGCACAACAAAGACUGAAAAUGUGUUUCCUGAAUACCAGUGGAAGAAUUUUCUUGUAAAGAAGGUUUACUUUUUGGUGUCUUCUACCCAGGGUAAUCUGUACAUCUCUACUUAUUUAUGAACAGACUUUUUAUUAAAAAAAAUUUACUGAGGUAUAAAUCACAUACCAUACAAUUCACCCAGACAGACUUUUUUGACAUCAAGUAAUUGAAGAGACAAUAAUGUAAGAAAUAAGCAAUUAAAGGCCUUUGCCUCAUGACAUGGCAAGUACUUUGAAUUUUAGCACAUUGCAAAGUAGUUUAAAGUAUGUCUAAUUUAAACAUAUAAUAUGUACAUCACUGAGACAAUCAUGUACAGAAAGAAUUUUUGGUGUAAAUUUGUAAUAAUGGAUGAUUCUUUUACAUAUUGUUUAGGGAAAUGAUAUUGAAAGGCAGUAAAGCCUUCUCAGUGAAGCUUGAGGCAACAGGUGCACAAACUCAUGUGCAGUGCCUUAUCCGAGUAUUGGGUAUAAAUAUGUAGAUAAUGGAUUUUUUUUGAUAAUGUUGUCAAGACCAAAAGCAUGGAUAUCAAGUGUCAAUAAGGAUUUUGUUUUCCAAAUCCUUUUCCCCCAACAGUUCUUCUAUCUAAAUUUUGUUAAUACUGUUAGGAGGAUCUUGAUAAAAAUAACACAGYAGCUUCUUCUUUUGGAAACAUGAAAAGUCCUCUUAUCACCUUUUUCAUUUCAACACUAAUGUAUUAUAUGUAACUAUUUGGAAAAGUGAUUAUUCAAAUGCUUCAUCCCAUGGAAAGAAUAUAGAUGAUAGAUAUAUUUUAUUAAUAAAAAUGGUUCAUGAAUGGGAGACUAACAGAGUUUUAAUGUGCUCAGAAUUAUUAUUGUGUCUGUAUUUUCUUGUUUAGGUACAGGAAGACAUUUCCACGUGGCUAGAUAUCAGCAUAACUUUGCAUUACUCCACAAGUUCAAAUCCCCUCUCUUUUCCUCCCCAUGCAGAGGAAAGUUCAUUGCCAACAGUGGAUGUAGUGGGGUCUCCAUCACCAAAAAAAUUAAUGUGAGCCUCCACUUAUAUCAUGACAAGCAUAAAUCUUGGGGUGGGGGAGUGUCACUCUGGUCACACAAUAGGAAAGUCUCUCCCAAAGUGAUCAAUUUGUCCAGGCAAGCUACUCUUUUGCAUCUAAAGCUUUUCAUUUCCAUGAAAUUAUUCUUUGGAUACAUUUUAUUUAAUAUUAUAUUGCCCCCCCCAGCUUUGACCCAGAGUAGCUAAAGAGUUAUUCCACCCUUAUCUGAAGUUUCGUGUUGCUGCUAGAAUUAGUCAUUUGUGAAUUCUCCAAAUCGUGUGACAAUUGAAUUAGCUUCUCUUUUUUUUUUUCCCUUUU